AUGGAAACCGAAACGUCCCGACACGCACCCCCAUCACGCUACAAGACAGUCCGUCGGAAACCGGCGGCCACUACCGCUGCUGCCGCCGUCGCCGCCGUCGCCGCGGCACCAGUCCAAUCAGCCCCGUCCAGCCCCCAAAGAAAGACGCGACCGACAGUGUCGGCGGCGGCUCCUCCGAGGCUGCUUAUCGAUUCGCAAUUGCAGAGACACAGAUCGAAGUUCAGGCAGAUACUGCGUCUGAACACGUCCACGAAAGAUCACACGGCGCCGACUGCGACGCUGUCGACUCCUGCGCAGCACCGCGACCGGGACCAGUACAGGAAGCUGGUUAAGUCGCCGGAGAGAUCAGAGGUUCGGUUAGCCGAGAGCGUGGAGGAUGAAGAGAGGCAGAAGGCAAGGGAGGAUGCUAUUGCGGCGUUGGAAGGGAAGAAGAGACGGCCUUCGAAACCGAAGAGACCGUUGGAUGAUACGGCCUACGAUCUCAAAAUCCAACUCCACCAUGAAGCGCACGUCCCAACCACUCACCCGAUACUCUACAGCACCGAUGCCGGAUCGCUUCUGCAGAAAGUGCGGCCAGGUCAUCAGCGGUGUCUGAUGGAAGUGUGGCCGAGCCUCGGCAUCCAGCGUCAGGUUCGCUACUUUGAGCAAGUGUCGGAUGUUGUCAACACAUGGGACGCCGGUACUACACCGCACCUGCGGUUGGCAAAGAACGUGUGGGGAGAGACCAUGGCCACACUUGAGGAUUUCCCAAAGGCCGAGCCGACCAUCGACGAGACUAUGUUCUACUAUUACGUUACUGCGGACAAGAAAUGGUCGAAACGUUCCGUCAGUAUUGGCGGUAGCCAGUUGAGGAUCUUGAAAAAAGACAGACCAUACGACAAGGACUACCUGCAGACAAUCAACCUUGACAACUUUGACGUAUACGCGUUCACGGAGACAUUCGCACCCAGCAAACAGCUGAAGUGUCCCACCAAGUUCUGUUUCGCGCUGAAAUCGCAGCACAAGCAGAGUCUGUUUAGCAAGAACUCGGUGUUUGCGUAUUAUUUUGCGACAGAUGACAAGUCCGUCUUUGCUCGUUGGUAUGCCAUCGUUCGGGAUUUCAAGGCGCGCUUGCUCGCAGAGAAGAAGGGGAUUGCCCAUUGGAUCACCGCUUCCAAGGAUGAGCCUGUGCAGUCUCCGGGCCAGGAACGCCUCAAUCCCUUCGCUGAUGCCUCGCCGACCAGUCCCCAGCGCGGACGACACCACGUGAAGCCUCUAAUCUCUCCCGAGGAGCUGGCAGCACCACCUGCUCCAUUGGCUGAUAUGGCACGCUCCAAAUCGUUGCAUCGCGGUAAAUCCUUGAAGCACUCGAGAAGGGACCGAUCACCAUCAGUUCCGGUGAUCCCGACCGGACUGCCGAUGGGCGAGGUGUUCUCCCCCGGUGGUCUUCUGGGAUCUGAAUAUGAAGAGAAGAGGAAAGUGGCCUUGAUGGCCUUCAAAGAGGAGAGAGCCAAGGAGGGCCUACACCGCUCCAAGACGACUGGAAUGCGCAAGCCACCACCAACGGAUCGCCCGCAAUCUUCCGACUCUCACACCUCGGAACCCAACGCCGCGCUGCAGCGCCGGGGAACCGUCAAGCGACCUUCCACAGCCGGCAGCCGCGAAGCCGCCAACCACGGCACGCUCCUCAGCUUCGGCGCCGACGAAAUCACCACAGCGCUCCCCCAUCACCGGCGACGCGACAACACUGCCCUCGACCGCGAAGGCGGCUUGAUCUCCCUAGCCACCAGCUCCGACAUCCCGCCCAUCCCCGCCUCCGCCACCACCUCCCCGCUCGCACGGCGACCCACUACCGGCGGGAAGAAGAAACCGCUAGUCUACAGCUCAGAGGAAGAAUACAGUCCCUUCACGGGCACGGGGCUCCUGGCGAUGAACUUCCACAGCGCCGGUACGGCAGCGACUGGGCACGGUAUCAAAACGCAGAGGGAUGCGAUGGCCAAGAACGGCGAACUCAGCCCGCUCGUGGAUGUGGGCCCCAGGAGCAUCUUUGCGCCCGGAAGUCUGCUCGAGCGCAGAGAGAGGGAAACGGGCCCCACAAGCCUGAGGCCCGUCAUCGAUAGGGACCCCCAUAGUACCGAUGAUGAUGAUGAGUUCAGAUAGGUACUUCGUCGCCCUUUCGUUUUUUAUCAAUUCUUCUGUUUUUUGCUUGCUUGUUUUCUGGAUUUUGAUGUUUUUUUUUUGCUUGCGGUUUUGGGGAUGGGGCGGGG